GUAGACCGGCUCUGCCGACCGGAAGCCGAGCGGGCGGGAUUUCCCGUGGGGCGGCUGAUUGCACGGUUCGUGGCCUGUGUGGCGGCGCGAAGGGACUAUAAAAGGACGUUCCUGAGCCCGCGAACCUGCAGCGGAAGUGGAAGGCGAACGUCCUUCAAGUGUCCGGAGCUCAGAGAUGUGGCCCAGGGGAGGGAACUGUCUCUAGUUAAAGAGGCCAUACCUGAUGUUGCUUCCAGAUCCCAUGUCGACACCAAGUCCUCAGUUGCUGGUGGCAGCUGCUCAGCAGACCCUGAGCAUGGGAAAGAGACGGGGCCUGGCCCGAGCUGUCUGCCUUCACCUGGCCGGAGAGGUCCUGGCUGUGGCCCAGGGACUGAAGCCAGCCCUGCUGUAUGAUUGCAACGGUGCGGGAACAUCAGAGCUCCAGCGCUAUCUGGGGGAGCUGCAGGGCCUGGGCUUCCUGACCAAGGGACUUCACAUCCUUGAUAUUGGAGGCAACAGCCUGAUCGUCAUACCUGAACAUGUAUGUCAGCACCUGGAGCAGGUGCUGCUGGGUCCUGUAGCCUUUGUGGAUGUUUCCAGCUCCCAAUCUCACCCUUCUGUCCGCUCCCUGGACCAGCUUCAGGACUUGAAGUCCCUCAUUGCCAAGAUCAUCACCCAUUUGCAGGGGUUGCCGAGGGACCUGUCCCUGGCCAUCUCCUGCAGCAGGCUCUGCUCCUCAGACUGGAAUCUCUGUACUGUGUUUGGGAUUCUCCUGGGCUAUCCUGUUCCCUAUACCUUUCACCUGAACCAGGGAGAUGACAACUGCUUAGCCAUGACCCCACUACGGGUGUUCACCGCUCGGAUCUCAUGGCUUCUUGGUCAACCCCCAGUCUUGCUGUAUUCCUUUAGUGUCCCAGAGAGCUUGUUCCCAGCCCUGAGAGACAUUCUAAACACUUGGGAGAAGGACCUGAGGACUCGAUGUAGGGCUCAGAAUGACUUUACUGACCUCAGCAUCUCCUCUGAGAUAGUCACCCUGCCAGUUGUGGCCCUCUAACUCCCAUGUAGAAAGUACUCACUAAAUAUUCAGCUCUAAGUCAGGGAUUACGAAUAGGCAUCAUCUCAAGUGUCAAUUCUGAGCGUCUUGAGAACACUAGGGAAGAAUGCUCUAGUCAACUGGCCACGUCUGUGACGGGCACGGGAACAGGUGGUGGCGGCGGCAGCAUUGGUAGUACAUACUUGCCAUUUCUAUACUAAGGAGUCCUCUUGACUUAACUGAGAUGUCUAUUCCUUUUUCACUAGAUAGAAGAUAGAAGGAAAGAGAUUGUGGAGAAGGGAGUGAGGGGGUAGGUGGAGAAGGUUAGUAUAGGGGAAAAUAGCUAUUUAAAAAAAGGAUCGUGGAGAAGAAGGGAGGUGGAGGACAAGUAGUGUACCCUUGUAUACUAUAUGUAUGGUGUGGUAAUGUAAAUAUACUCUGGGUAGUGUUCACUAGAAAAUAGCAGGCCUGGGCUUUACUGCAUGUUUAUCUACCUCCAACUGAAUUGGACUAAGGAAAGUAGACCAGGAUGCUCAAGUGUCAUAUUUGAUGCGAUAGGUCGGUCAUUCAUGAAUAAACAAUUCUGGGGAACAGAAAUUGUCAAAGUUUUAUUUGUUUAUUUUACAGUAGGUGGAAAAAAAUAAUAAAGUUAGAAAUCUCAGUUGCGUUGGGAAAACCCACACUUGAAAGUAUCCAAACCUUCUUGAGUUUUUUAUUGAGUUUUUUGCUUCUGAUUUUCACCCAAGGCAGCUGUCACAAGUUAUUCAGAUCAUCAGGCUGUCCUUGUUGGCCAGGAACACUGCUAGUGCUAUAGCAAUCAUCAAGAUCAGCAUUGAUAGCCAUCGGCCACACUGCCUCUGAGGGUGGAAGGGGAGAAGAGAGAAGCCAUGGGUUGGUUGGAGAAGAUAUAGGCAAAAACAAUUUUCCUUCCCAUUCUGGCCCCGUGGGAAAUCUUGGGUUGGUGGAAGAGGGGAAGGUUUUCUCACUUUGUUACCUCCCUUGGGAUAAAACCACUUUGCUGGUAGUCACUGGCCCAUAAGCCAGGAUCAUUGGCCCAGGGAACCACAGCCAGCUGGGGCCAGAUACUUAAAUACAAGUCCAAUCAAAGGUGGAAAGUAACUUGGCAAAAUUGUAUUGUUCUCUGUUCAUAUUCCUUGUUACAUUUUCUCUCCUCAUUCUGUCCUUGCCACUACAUUCAAUAGGCCAAAAAACACCAUUUCCUAUUUUAGCUAAUAGUCCCUUCAGGCUUAAGACUUGUACCAAAACAAAACAAAACAAAACAAAACGCCCUGGCUGGUGUGCUCAGUAGUUAGAGCAGGGGUCCUCAAACUUUUUAAACAGGGGGCCAGUUCACUGUCCCUCAGACCGUUGGAGGGCCGGACUAUAGUUUAAAAAAAAACUAUAAACAAAUUCCUAUGCACACUGCACAUAUCUUAUUUGAAGUAAAAAAACAAAACGGGAACAAAUACAAUAUUUGUAUUUGCAUGUGGCCCACGGGCCGUAGUUUGAGGACUCCUGAGUCAGAGUGUUGCCCUGUGCACAGAAGGGUUGUGGGUUCGAUUCCUGGUCAAGGGCAUAUGCCUGGGUUGCAAGUUCGUUCUCCGGCCCACUGGGCUGUGUGCAGGAGGCAACCAAUCAAUGUGUCUCUCCUAUUGAUGCUUCUCACUCCUCCCUCCCACUCUAAAGUCAAUGGGAACAUAUCCUCGGGUAAGGAUUAACAACAACAACAACAAGAAAGUUCCAUGCAAAUUAAGCUGGGGUACAUAAACCAGUGUUUCCUUCCAUGGUUGCUAUACUGUCGGUAUAAACCAAGCUGAGUGGGACAGGCUGGUCAGAAGAUGUGGCUGAAGGAGGAAUAGUCCCACCAUCAUCGAGGGCUGUGUGGGAGGAUCACGCUCUUACGCUGGGAGGCAGCUGCUGGCUCUGGUUCAGCUCUUCUCGACAGUGCUGCAGCGUGCGCAGGCAGGAGAGGUACUCAUCACUGAGGUUGUCUAACUCUGAAUGCAGUUCUCUGCACUGGGGGGGAGAAUACCGCCAAGGUCAUCACCAGGUAAAGGAGCAGGCCCCCUGUCAGUUACCCAUUCGUCCAUUUGGAAUUUGUACUACCUUCCUUCCUUCCCAGGCCUUCUCAGUGAUUUCAGUUUGCCUUUUGCUGUUUGACCUCGUUUGUCUGGAAUGUGUGUUCAUUUACAUGAGUGAUUAUAAUGCAUAGUAUAUAUUAAUUACUUAUAGACGUUAUAUAAGUGUGUGCUUUCAUGUGACAGUGAGCAAGUGCUCUGUAAAGGGGACAUCAAAAACAA